UUUCUUCGUAUUUUGCAGAUCGUUCGUCCUGUUAACGCAUUUUUGAUUGUUGAUGUACAAAAUGACUUUAUAAGUGGUUCCUUGGAUAUAAGUAAUUGCAGUGCACAGCAAAAGGGGCACGAGAUCCUGGAACCCACCAACAAUCUCUUGGAUACCGUGGAUUUUGAUGCUGUAUUCUAUUCCUUGGAUUGGCAUCCCAGUGAUCAUGUUUCCUUUAUUGAUAAUGUUAAAAUGCGGCCACUAGACGAAAACUCUCCCAUUGAUGCAGAUUCGGCCCAAGUCUUUGAUACCGUCAUAUUUGCUGGUCCACCACCAAUGAAGCAGCGUUUGUGGCCGCGUCACUGUGUUCAGGAUUCGUGGGGUGCUGAAUUGCACAAAGACUUGAAGGUGGUUGAACAUGGCAUUAAAAUCUAUAAGGGUACAAAUCCGGAGGUUGAUUCAUAUUCGGUGUUUUGGGACAAUAAGAAACUCUCUGAUACCACAUUGAAUGCCCAGCUGAAAAUGAAGGGAGCAACGGAUAUUUAUGUAUGUGGUUUGGCCUAUGAUGUUUGUGUGGGUGCCACUGCUGUUGAUGCUCUUUCUGUGGGUUACAGAACUAUUUUGAUUGAUGACUGCUGCCGUGGCACAGAUUUCCAUGACAUUGAACACACCAAGGAAAAGGUGAUAAGUAAUCAUGGUGUCAUCGUCCACUCAACUGAGGUCAAGGCAAUGGCUGAGGGCCGAGAUCGCCGCCCCGAGCUUGGCUAUAAGCUAGCCAUGGAAUUAAAAAAUCCCGAUUCGGUUCUAUCUCAACGCAAUGGCUAUCGUUCAGUGGAGUAGAUCUCCCCAUU